AUGGGCUUAUUGACUAUUCUGCGUAAACAGCAGCUCAAAGACAGGCAGAUCCGCGUGCUCAUCUUGGGGCUCGACAAUGCAGGCAAGACUACGAUUGUAAACAGACUGCUCGGCAAGAGCGUGAAGGACAUCCAUCCCACGCUCGGAUUCAACAUCGAAACAGUGACCCGCGAUGCCUUGACGAUGAACAUCUGGGACGUCGGGGGCCAAAAGUCGCUUCGGCCGUUUUGGCAUAAUUAUUUUGAGAAAACAGACUGCCUAGUCUGGGUCGUGGACGCAACCGCCACGGACAGGCUCACCGACUGCAAAACGGAACUGCACUCCACCCUGAACGAGGAUCGGCUAUCCGGGGCAGGUCUUCUGAUCUUUGUUAACAAAUUAGAUGCCAUUGACCCGUUGGAGCAGUCGGAAAUUGUCCACACAAUCCAGUCGGAACUCGAUCUCUCGAGUCUCGGCAAACACCAAUUCAAAGUCCUGGGUUGCUCGGCAUAUACGGGAUUUAAUAUCGAACAGGGCUUUGAUUGGGUUGUAACUGAAGCUAAAUCCCGUCUAUUUAUUCUUUAA